AUGCCGGACGAGCUAGCACCACCCCGCAAGAGCGUAGAGCUGGAAGACCCCGGCGCGAAAGAGCUGGCCGACUCAAGCGACGAGCACUUCUCCGAUGCUACCGAAGGCCAGCCUGCGCGGUCGGACAUGACCUCGCCCAUUCCCAUCACACGAGUCGAGCGAGUCGACGACGAGCCAGCCCACGGCGAGGUUCCCGGAACAGACGCAUACAACAUGCGCACCCAAGACGCUGUCCCCGACGAGGUUGAAAUUGUCCCAGAAGGCGCACGAAGUCGCAGUGCCUCGCGCGUCAGCGUCAGCGACAGGCCUCUGACACCAGGAGGAACGCCAGUGCCAAAGACAAUUGUCGAGAAGAUCGACCCCGAUCAGCCCAGCUACGGCGAUGUCCCCGGUACACUUGCCCACCAGCAACGUCUGGCCGAUGCUACGCCUGACGUGGUUGUCAGAGCACCGGAGGAGCCUUCCCAGAGCAGCAAUCCAGCCGACGCCGACGCCUCGAUCGAGCAAGACGACGACUUUGGCAACGCCGACGGUGACGACGAUGGUUUUGGCGAUUUCGACGACUUUGAAGAAGGCGAAGAGGGUGACGAUGAUUUUGGGGACUUUGACGAUGGGUUUCAGCAAGGCCAGGACGAUGCAGAGACAUCAUUUGAUAAGCCCCCAGAACAGCCUCCUGUACCUGUCCCCUCGCCAGGUCCUCCCGUCUUAGACUUUGACCAACUCACAUCACUUGAAGAUAUCGUCUCAGCAACACAGCCAUACCUUGAUGACAUGUACCCUGCACAGGACGGCAUACCCACAAUAUCCACCAAUCCCGAGGAAACACGGUCCAUCUUCCUCUCGGAACGGAGCCAUUCAUUAUGGACGCAAUUAGUCGCACCCCCGCCACUACAACCUCCCGACUGGGUCCGCUCGCGCAUACGGCGGCUGUUCUUGGUAUCCCUAGGUGUACCCGUCGACCUUGACGAGAUACUCCCCGCGUCCAAACAAAAGAAGCUCAUCCUUCCUUCAAUACACAUACCCGGCGGCUCGCCGCGCCCCUCUUCAGACGGUCGAAAUAACGGUGGUCCCUUGGGACGCAUCAAGCGCGAGAACGAAUCAUCCACUUCAGUUGACUCAUCAAGUUCAAAACCAGAGCGAAAACGCAAAGGACCGCCACCACCACCCGAACUGGACAUCAGCAGUACCAUGCAGCUUUGCGCGACAACAGAUGCAGCACUGCAAGGCUUGACUGACGAGGAGUUGAAGAUGCACAUCGACCACCUAAAGGGCCUGCAAGAAAGAGCAAAGGAGGUGUUUGAGUACUGGCAGAAGAGGUUAGAAAGCGCACUAGGCGACAAGGAUGCCUUUGAGCAAGUCAUCGAGAGUCUGGUUGCGCAUGCGAAGAAGCUCAGGUAG